AACAUGCGCAAAGUUUUAAUCUAUGCGCAAAGUUAUGUCAAAACUCAAAAAUGCUAAAUUUAAGAAAAUAAUUUAAUUAACAGUGGUGUGUGGUUUUAUUUAAAACACCGGUACUGUUUAAUUGCAUGGAAAAUGGGUGAUAUGCUUAAAGAACUUCGAGAGAGAUCUAAAAAAAGAAAACAACUGCUUGCACAAACGUUAGGAGUUUCGGGAGUAGAAGAAUUAAGACAAGUUCUUGGAACAUCUACAGAAGUUCCUAAAAGGAAGAAAGAAAAAGGGGACGAUUCAGGUGAAAAAAAUGAAGGGAAAGCUGGCAACACAGAUGAACUCAUUUAUAGAGAUUCAUCAACAUUUUUGAAGGGUACUCAGUCUUCAAAUCCUCACAAUGAUUAUUGUCAACAUUUUGUUGAUACUGGUCAGAGGCCUCAGAAUUUUAUUAGAGAUGUUGGUCUGGCUGAUCGAUUUGAAGAGUAUCCAAAAUUAAGAGAACUUAUUAAGCUAAAAGAUGAACUUAUUUCUAAAACAGCAACACCACCUAUGUAUCUUAAGUGUGAUCUCACUAAUUAUGAUCUUAAGAAUCUAAACAGUAAAUUUGAUGUAAUUUUAAUUGAACCACCAUUAGAAGAAUAUCAACGUACUAUGGGCGUUACAAACAUUCAAUUCUGGACAUGGGAUCAAAUUAUGAAUUUAGAUGUUGGAGAAGUUGCUGCACAAAGAAGUUUUGUAUUUUUAUGGUGUGGUAGCUCUGAAGGGCUUGAUAUGGGAAGAAUUUGUUUAAGAAAAUGGGGAUUUAGAAGAUGUGAAGAUAUUUGUUGGAUUCGCACAAACAUAAAAAAUCCUGGUCACUCAAAAAAUUUAGAUCCCAGGGCUGUAUUUCAACGCACUAAAGAACACUGUCUAAUGGGAAUUAAAGGAACUGUAAGACGUUCAACCGAUGGUGAUUUUAUUCAUGCAAAUGUUGAUAUAGAUCUAAUAAUCUCUGAAGAACCAGAAUAUGGAAGUUUGGAAAAACCGGUUGAAAUUUUUCAUAUUAUAGAACAUUUUUGUUUGGGCAGGCGUAGAUUGCAUAUUUUUGGUAGAGAUAGUACCAUCCGACCUGGUUGGCUUACUAUAGGGCCUGAACUCACAAAUAGUAAUUUUAAUGCUGAAACAUACAGCAGUUAUUUCAAUGCCAGUAAUAUUACCACAGGUUGUACAGAUAGGAUUGAAGCUCUUCGUCCCAAAAGCCCUCCACCUAAGGGAAAAGGUAGCUCAGGUAACAGAGGAAGAGGAUCCUUUAAUAGAGGAAGGGCUAGAGGAAGAUAAGAAAAAUUGAUCAGUUCACACCUUAUCAGUGGACUACACUGUAUACUUUAUUUUCCAUAAUAAUGAAAACAUUUAACCCA